GUACAUUAAGUUUACAUGGUUGCGUUGCGGAUAAGAUCACCCGUCAAUAAUUAUGCAUCUGAUAUCUACUCACUUUUCUUGUCUGUAAAAAACAGGGUAUCUAUAAAGUCAUUAAAAAAAUGAAUAAAAACUCGUAGUGAAUUGCCAGUCUGUUGCCUGUUGAUUUUCUUAUUGAAUCAUCAACAAAUGAAACUGUUCACCUCAAUACGUGGUUGAAUCAUGGUCAUCUGAUGCAUUUAAAAUAACGUCGGGUCAUUUGAGAGAUGUCUAUCUCCAGGACUAACUUAUGUCAUCUAUUUAUUUGUCCCCUAGAGACUUAAAUGUGCUUGAUUAUAUGAGAUUAUUUAAAUAACAGUAAUGACAAACGUUCAAGCUGAAGGUGUUAUUACUAGAAUAAUUAAACAAAUAAUACAACAAUGUAUUUCGAGAGGACAUGACGUCUCUGAGACCCUUGUGGCGUUUAUUGUCAAAGCAGUUGUUCUUGAUCCUACUUCGGGAUUUCUACCAGAUAAACCUCUGGAUAAUGAGGAUAUAAAGAAACUGAUUGAAUUAUGUGUUAACAGAAUAACUGAUCAAGACUCACCAUCUGUUGAUACAAUAAAAAUGCAAGUAUUCUUCGAAAUAAAUCAUCUUAAAAAAGAUGAAUUCCUAAACGAGCAUCAUCGUGUACUGGAAAAGCGUUUAGAACCUGUAUUACGUGAAGUUAUAGAGAGUCGAGCAAAAUUACGGGAGGAACUAGAGGCUACUUAUCAAAAUAUUAUAUCAGCUUUAUUAUUAAGGUCGGGUCUUGGAUCUCCAACAAAUAUGGAUGUUAUCAGAGAAACUACAGCUGCACUUCAAAGUAUAUUUCCACAAACAGAUAUUGCAAGCUUUUUGUCAGCCAAUGUUAGUCAAAAAAGAAAACAACUAUAUGAAUUUACUGGUCUGGUCACUGGUAUACGUCUGUAUAACAAAGAUUGUAAUAAAGGAGGAGCUGGAAUUGAUGAUCUUCCGCAUUUAUUGAGUGAAGGAGUACCCAUAACACUAGAAACAAUUAAUGAAGAAAUUAAAAAGUCAGAUGAACUUGCUGCUAUUUACACAAGUCUUUUCUUGAAAUUAUCUACUAUUGACCCAACUACUGACGUUAAAGCUUUAAUAAAAUCUGCUAAGGAGAUGGAUAUUACACCGGAACACUUGCGAGCUUCUGUAGUCAAUGCUAGACAGUAUGGAAAAUUUCUAAGAAUUAUUGAAUGCGAGCUUAAUCAAAUGUUGAAAGACAUAGAGAAAACAAUUGAUAAUUUUAAAAGUUGUAUGAAAAAAUUGCAUAUUCUAAUAAGUGAUCGGCCAGCCGUUCCAAGUAACGAAGUUUAUCCUGGAUUCCUACAGCUUGCUAAUUAUUGGACAAGUUUUCAAGAUGAAAUGGUUUUCUUAUCAGUAUUAACCAGUACUUUAAACACCUUACAAACAUAUUUUGUCGGACGUCAGUUGAAAUGGACCAAAGAAAAAAUGUAUAAUUUUAUCUCGGAUAAGGAAGUUAUAUUCGACGAAGAUCGUAAGCAUCAUGACCCAUUAAGUGAAGAAUACUGUGGUGGACAUCAGUGUGUAUUCCCACAUUCUUCUUCAGACGAGAUUAAUCUUAAUAUUGAGUGCGAAGGGUUUUGCAUCUGGUCAUUAGUACAUUAUCAAGGUCUACUAGUACCAGCUGAUAUUCAUAUGGGAGUUUUGCUCUUACCUCCAGAUAAUAAAAUGUAUGCAUUUAGCACACCUGAAGCAGCAAAAGAAUUUGUGAUGGAAACUGAUAAAUUUUUGAGGGCUAUACCAGAAGUUAUACGAAGUUUACCUGAACUAAUCCCAAUUUUAAAGCUCAAUUACCUUUUCUCCAAAGGAAUUUCUUAUACAAAUGGUCAAUUUCAUGAAAAUACAAGUCCUAAGGUCGACUGUGGUGUCCAAACAGUACUGCACCCAAUAGAAACGUAUAUUGAUAAAAACUAUUAUUGGAAUGAGUGGGACCUGAGGAAAAAUGCUUUAAAGUUGUAGGUAAAUUUAAGAAAAAAGGCCACAGCUUCUGUUCAAACAAUUUUAAGCAAUUGGAGAAGAGACAAUGCAACUCAAGUUUAUCCGAUGAAAGAAACUAGUACAGCAACCAAAAAGGAUGGUUAUACACAAGUACCGAGACCAAGCGUAUUUAUACAUGGACUACGUGGUUGUGGUGCUAUUGGUUCAGCCCCGAAUGCAACUAACGUAGUGAAUAACCAAGCAAAUUGGACAACAUUAUAUCGUGAAACAACCGCCACAACAGUUGAUUUAACUAUACCCGUGGAACAACAGUUAUUGGGGGACUUACAGAAAGUGACAGUUGGUCACAACUUAUGAUUAUAGACAGUAAAAAGAUUGAUAGUAACGAAGACUUUAUUCAGGAUUCAUGCAUUCUUGAGCUAAAAUAUGGCAGAUUACUUGCAAAUUGACAUCUUACUUAGUGAAAAUACAAAUACAACCGUGCGUAUUUUUGUGAAAUGUUUCAAAUAAUAAUUAACGGUCAGUAUUGAUAUCCAAC